AUGGAGUGGUGUUACAGUUGGAAAUGACUGAGCAUGCUCUGUGGAGACCCUCUGACAGAGAGGACCGACAGAGGGAGCCACCAGGUCACAUGACCGGCGAGGUGAAUGUGCAUGCGGGGAAAGAAAAGGAAAGGAGGAACAAUCUGUUCGACAGAUCCUCGCGCUCUCCCUCUCUGUCCUCCCUCCUUCCCUCAUUCUCUCUCUCUCUCAAACACACACUCUCCCUCACUCACUCCUUCUCUGCCGCCUUCUUCUCCUCAAUGGAGGCCAUGAGAAGAAAGCAGCCCGCUGGUCUAGCCAAGAGCUGCGUGGAUAAAGGUGGAUCCACAAAGAAAGAGGGACUCGAUCCAGGAAGCAAUGGAGAAGAGAAGUCAGAUGGGGACAAAGAGGUAGCAGACAGACUGGCCUUUUCCCCUGCAGCAGAGGUGAUGCUGAACGGCACCGAGAGCGACGACACAAGCCACAAGGACCUGACAACAGGAAAUAACAAGACUGUACUGUUGUUAAAUGAAAAUGGCACGUCUGACACGGAGCCACCGCAUGGUUCUGUUACUGGAAGCAAUGGAUUCAUUCUCACUAAGCAGCAGCAGCCGGAGCAGGAAGGCAGCGCUGCAGCGGCACCAGGUUUGGGAGUUUCCCCUCACAGGACUAACUGGUUGCCCUCAGGCUCACCGACAGGGGGGCAUGCAGCCAAAACCCUCCCUGCCUCGGCAUCUGGGAGUGCACAGAGUUCAGGUGCACUAAGGACUGCCCCCAGUACAGGGACAAAGCCGGGGCAGGGGACACCAGACACUAAAAAUGGCCCCAGUUUAUCUCCUUCCCCGGUUCCAGCGCCAGUCACCGUACACAGAGCGCGCAAGACCAUGUCCAGACCUGCUGUCAGCCCUGCACAAAAGCUUCUUAACAGGGAAUUAAGGGAAGCAAAGAGUGCCAAAAUGGAGUCUCAUGUUGCACCCGACCUGCAGAAAUCCUCACCGCAGUCACCCUCUCAGAACCACCUACCUCAGAGUCCACCAGAUACGCCAUCUUCAGCACAAACUGCAUCAUCCGCUUCACCAGCACCUGUUCCUCCACCACAGCCACCUCCAGCUCCUGCAGAACGGGCAGCUCCUUCGGCUUCUCCUGCUCCUGUCCAAGCCAAGCUCCAGCUAGGCUCUUACUCAGGAGUGCUGUCAUCCCGUAAGAAGAAGAGGCGAAUGGGAAUGUACAGCUUGGUUCCCAAGAAGAAAACCAAAGUGCUAAAGCAGAGAACUGUGCUGGAAAUGUUUAAGGAACUACAACAGACUGCCAAGAGUCCAGAGGCUAAAGAGGUGGCCAGCAUAAAUGGGGAGAAAGUGGGAAAUGCAUCUGAGGAUGAAGAGUCAGAAGAUCUGGAGUCUGAAGAGGAGGAACAACAGCAGCCAUCAGAAGAACCGGAAAGUGCUGCGCAGGAAACCUCUGAAUCCAUCGCUCAGGUGAAAGACGAGCAGGAGUCUGAAGAAUCUGGAGAGGAAGAGUUGGAGGAGGAAGGCACUGAAUCUGACUUGAGCACAGAGUCGAGUCUGAAGAAAAAAUUGAAAAAGAAAACAAAAGCAGACAGCGCAUGGCUCCGGCCCUCCAGGAAACGAAAAAGGAGGAUGAAGUCCAAAGAGCCGGAGGUGGCUGUUCAGCCUCAGGCUCCAACUCCAGCCGAACCCCAUGAUCACAAGGAGUACACGCAGAUUGUCCCACCUGUCAGCCUCAGCACGCCUUCACCCAGCAAAGACACUUCAGGGUCGGCGGUUGAGGAGGCUCAGGAGCUUCCGCUCUGCAGUUGCCGCAUGGAGACCCCCAAGAGUCGAGAAAUUCUCAUUCUGGCAGACAGGAAGUGCAUGGCCACAGAGAGUGUAGAUGGACAGCUGACUCGCUGCCAGGACGCUGUAGUGAAACAUGAAAUGAUGCGUCCUUCCAACUCCGUUCAGCUACUCGUUCUGUGCGAGGACCAUCGCAACGGCAUGGUGAAGCACCAGUGCUGUCCGGGCUGCGGCUUCUUCUGCAGAGCGGGGACCUUCAUGGAGUGCCAACCAGAUGUGAACAUCUCUCACCGUUUCCAUCACGCUUGUGCCUCAGUGCUGAAAGGUCAAAGCUUCUGUCCUCACUGCGGAGAAGAGGCCAGCAAGGCCAAGGAGGUCACAGUUGCCAAGGCUGACACCACCUCCACCGUGCCCCCUGCUCUUGAACAUGGGCCAGCCACGCCUGGAGCCCUCGAGGGCCGAGCAGACACGACCACUGGCAGCUCCUCUUGUUUAACUGUGGGGGCUGAAGUCAGUGGCCGGGCUGACAGUUCGCUGCCUGUUCGUUCUGCACAUGGAUUCGACACAUCUGCUGUUCCUGGGUCCUCCAGGGCUGCCCCCCUGCAGGCUGUGAUGGCAACAACAGCCCUGUGUACACUCACUCCAGGACCCAGAGAAACUCUAGAGAGCAUCCUGGUGGCUCUCGACACAGAAAAACCCAAGAAACUGCGCUUCCACCCUAAACAACUUUACCUCUCUGCCAAGCAAGGAGAACUGAAGAAGGUCCUGCUCAUGUUGGUGGACGGUAUUGACCCGAACUUUAAGAUGGAAUCGCAGAAUAAACGCACCCCGCUGCACGCAGCAGCAGAGGGAGGUUACAAAGACAUCUGCCACAUGCUUGUUCAGGCUGGUGCAAACUUGGACAUGUGUGAUGAAGAUCAGCGGACUCCUCUGAUGGAAGCCUGUGAGAACAACCACAUGGAGGUGGUCCUGUACCUGCUCAGAGCUGGAGCCAGUGCCAUGCACAAGGAUGUUGAAGGGUUCACGUGCCUCCACCUAGCGGCCAAAUCUGGCCAUUACAAGAUUGUUGAGCACCUUCUGUCCACUGGACUGAUUGAUAUUAACUGCCAGGAUGACGGAGGCUGGACGCCCAUGAUCUGGGCCACAGAGUACAAACAUGCAGACCAGGUGAAGCUGCUUCUUACUAAAGGAGCUGACUGCAGCAUCAGGGACAAGGAAGAAAACAUUUGCCUUCACUGGGCUGCAUUCUCUGGCAGUGUGGAGAUAACGGAGCUGCUGUUGAACGCUCACUGCAAUCUGCAAGCUGUCAACAUCCACGGAGACUCUCCUCUACACAUUGCUGCUCGGGAGAAUCGCCUGGAUUGCAUCACGCUCCUCCUGUCUCGAGGAGCAGAUGUGUUUUUGAAGAACCGUGAGGGAGAAACUCCCCCAGACUGCUGCAGCCACAACUCGAAGGCCUGGGGCGCUCUGCAGGCCAACAGGAAGGAGAGGGAUGCCAAAAACAUUAGGCUUAGUCAAGCAGAAGAGAAAGCCCUUCACAGUGACAUAGCUUUAGGGCAAGAGCGAGUUCCCAUCCCCUGUGUCAACGCAGUUGACAGUGAACCUUACCCAGAUGGCUACAAGUACAUCCCCGAAAACUGUGUUACUUCCCCCAUGAAUAUUGACAGGAACAUAACACACUUACAGUACUGUGUUUGUAAGGAAGACUGCUCUGCGAGUAUCUGCAUGUGUGGACAGCUCAGUCUGCGCUGCUGGUACGACAAGAGUGGUCGACUUCUACCUGAAUUCUGCCGAGAGGAGCCUCCUCUCAUCUUUGAGUGUAACCAUGCGUGCUCCUGCUGGAGGACCUGCAAGAACCGCGUAGUGCAAAACGGACUCAGGACCAGACUCCAGCUGUUCAGGACCAGUAAGAAAGGCUGGGGUGUCCAAGCACUGCAAGACAUACCACAAGGGACCUUUGUAUGCGAGUAUGUCGGUGAGAUAAUCUCUGAAGCAGAAGCAGAGAUGAGGCAAAAUGAUGCUUACCUGUUCAGUCUGGAUGACAAGGAUCUCUAUUGCAUUGAUGCUCGUUUCUAUGGAAAUAUCAGUCGCUUCCUCAACCACAUGUGCGAGCCCAACUUGUUCGCUUGUCGAGUGUUCACGAAACACCAGGACCUGCGCUUUCCACACAUUGCCUUCUUUGCCAGUGAAAACAUCAAAGCUGGAGAGGAGCUUGGAUUUAACUAUGGUGACCACUUCUGGGAAGUCAAAAGCAAGGUGUUCAGCUGUGAAUGUGGCUCAUCCAAGUGCAGGUACUCCUCAGUGGCAAUGGCGUCCCUGCAGGCGGACAGCACACCCGAGGACCAGCAGCAGCCCAGCGCGUCGCCUGACACCAGCUCUUCCAACAGUCCUUCCAGUCCCUCCUAAAAAAACAAAAAAAAAAACAAAAAAAACCAAAACACAACAACAAAAAAAAACAAACAAACGCUCCACACACUAAGUUUGGCCUCGUGUACUGACGGACACACGGGGACGCCAGUCCACAUCCUCUUUAAACUUUCAUUGGUGAACUUGUACUGUAUCUCCACUUUGGAUUGAAACCACGGACCACUGACCUUCGUUGAGAACCUAAAGACGAGAUGCACAAUCACAUCCUGGACUAACCUCCUGCUCUAUUAUUCCGCCGUAUGUAAUGUGAACAGCAGGGGUGAUGUCAUCACGCACAGUAAACGCCACAGACGAUAAAACAGUCUUUACAUUUCAUACUUCACUUUGCUGGAAAGCAGAACUGUGCGUUUUUGUUUUUCCCUUUUUCACCCCCCCCCUUUCCUGUUUUUUGUUUUUUGUUUUGACACGACUGACGAUUUUCAGUGGACUUUUACAAAAGUCAUCAAAGAAUUUGAGGUCACUGAUUAAGGGUAAUAUUGUCUUUUGCAAAGACAGCCCCAGCGCACAGCUGGGUGUUACUUUUCUGACCUUUUCCGUUAUUGACCAUGAACCAUUCCAGCAAAACUAGCUGAUAAAUAUUAAAUUAUGUUGCCACUUUUUUUGGUGUCAUUCAUCUUUGAGUGUUUCAAAGGACUUUUCAGACAUUUUUCACGACACCUGAAGAUGAAUUUACUAAAGAGAAAGAAGUGGACUGCUUUUAAUUUGCUCCUCAAGUGGUUAUAGGUUGUAAAGUGGAACAAUGUUAAUCCAUUCCUCAGCAUUGAGGCGUUUCUAGUCUGAAUAAAUUGGCUGACCUUUUUAUUGAGCAUGCGUAUGGGGUGUGAAACGUGCCGGACGUUUUCGCCGUUCUUGUUGACGAAUUGAUUUAAAGUGAAAAUGAGCAAGGAAAAAAAAAAGAAAAUGGUGCUGACAAAGGUUUUUACUUUUGUUUUCAUUUUUAUUACCCAAGUGAACAUAAUUUGUAAAAUAAGAGAAUGUUUUAAAGUUUUUUUUAAGUUUAAUUUUAUCUCCAGUUUUCUAAUUGUAGUUGCCGUAGUCUAUUUUAGUUUCAUGAUUUUUGCCGACAGAAGCCAACCUGUCAUUUUAAAUGUUGUUAGUAAAGCAGUGACUGUUGUGCAAAGUCUUGAAAGGUAUAGGUGGAAAAAAGGUUAUAAAAAUGCACUUCCAUUAUGUUCUGUUACAUAUUUCUGGACCGUGAACCAUCCAUCUGAUUGGUUGUAUCUUUUUCAAUAAAUUUAAUACUAAUGCA